UGUCUGAAGCUGCUGUACCACUUGGUGACACAACCAAUGCGUUUCUGCAUGCUUCCUACAUUUCAUGCCCGGGGGUGAACUCCUGAGGAGCGGAUGACGAAACAAAUUUUGCUUUUGUUCACAUUCAGAGGACUAAUACGCAAAGGAAAAAAGGGGAAAAAAAGAAAAUGGCCAGUUUUAUAUUACGGAAAGCUGAACCCAACGACGUAUCCGAUAUCAUGCGACUCAUAAAGGAACUUGCGAAAUAUGAGGAGAUGGAGGAGAAGGUCAUGCUGACUGAGAAAGAUCUACUUGAAGACGGCUUUGGAGAUCAUCCGUUCUACCACUGCUUAGUUGCUGAAGUCCCAAAGAACCAGAGCUCGGAGGGAUACACUGUGAUUGGCUUUGCUAUGUACUACUUCACAUAUGACCCUUGGACUGGAAAGCUGCUUUACUUGGAGGACUUCUAUGUCAUGCAGGAAUUUCGUGGUUUUGGCAUUGGUUCACAAAUCCUGAAGGUUCUGAGUGAGACGGCAGUGAAGACUCGCUGCAGCGGCAUGCACUUCAUCGUAGCAGAAAACAACACAAAGUCCAUUGAGUUCUACAAGCGAAGAGGAGCGGCUGAUCUCUCCUCUGAGGAGGGCUGGCGUCUUUUUGAGAUUGAAAAGGAGGAUCUGUUGAAAAUGACUGCCAAAUAAGAGUUUACUGUUUAUUGACUGUUAUUAAUUAUAAUAAUCAUGAUUUGUUUGGUCAGUGAUUUGGCAAAGUCUUAAUAAAAUCAUUGUGAAAUCAACUGUUAUCAUUAAUCGGAAAUUUAGAAAGACCUCUGCUGACGAGUGUAUGAACACAGAGGUCUGGAUAUAACUAUCCCGAAUCAUCAUCCUUGAUCAUUUUGAAACUACUCUGUUUUAUGUUUCUAUAUUUUGUUGGAGUGAUUAUUUUCAGAGGGAGUGUUUUUGUGUACCGUUAAUAUUUUGUACUGCCUUAAAAUAAAUCUAUACAUUUUGAACUA